AGUCACAUACAGUCACUGGUCCCAGUCACAUACAGUCACUGGUCCCAGUGGGUCGGUUCUGUCAGCGGCAACAUGGAGCAGCCCUCGGUCCUCUGCAGUGGUGCGUCCGUCCACACCGGGACUCCCGUGUCUCCGCGGCUUCAGUGAGUCCGACCGGAGGCGGCUGGUGGACGGAGGGACAGACAGAGGGACGGAAGGACAGACAGAGGGACAGAGGGACAGACCGACGGACUGCCUGGACUGAAGCUGUGUGACAAUUUGUUUCUUCCCCCAUCGUGCGAACCGACGGUGGACAGACGUAGACCGCAGCCUGUGGUGAUCCAAGGGCGCUGUGGGCCAGGUGUCGCAAUUCAGACCAUCAUGCCCCUUGCUCUGGCAGCGGGACAGGACGUGUGUGUGUGAGCUUCCCUGGUCGGCUCUGCUGGGAUGAACAUGCCACUGCAUCAAAUCUCUGUCAUCCCCCGUGAUGUCACCUCAUCACGGGUGUCGGGCAGCGGUAAAGCGAAGGACAAGGACAAGCAGAAUGAAAAGCCUCUGGGUCAUUCUGCAAGCAGGUCCAGCAAUAUAUCCAAGGCGGGUAGCCCGACUUCUGUCAACGCGCCGUGCAGUUUCUCCAGGACAUCUGUUUCCCCCUCCAGCCAGGACAUCUGCAGGAUUUGUCACUGUGAAGGGGACGAGGACAGCCCCUUGAUCACACCAUGCCACUGCACAGGGAGCCUGCGCUUCGUCCACCAGUCCUGUCUACAGCAGUGGAUCAAGAGCUCUGACACUCGCUGCUGUGAGCUCUGUAAAUAUGAGUUCAUCAUGGAGACCAAGCUCAAGCCGCUGCGCAAGUGGGAGAAGCUGCAGAUGACGGCGAGCGAGAGGAGGAAGAUCAUGUGCUCUGUCACCUUCCACGUCAUCGCCAUCACCUGCGUGGUGUGGUCGCUCUACGUCCUCAUCGACAGGACAGCCGAGGAAAUCAGACAAGGGAUCCUGGAAUGGCCGUUCUGGACCAAGCUGGUGGUCGUGGCCAUCGGCUUCACGGGUGGACUGGUGUUCAUGUACGUCCAGUGCAAAGUCUACAUACAUCUAUGGAAGAGACUCAAGGCCUACAACCGGGUCAUAUACGUGCAGAACCGGCCGGAAACGUGUAAAAAGGUGGCGCUGGAGAAGCCGCCGCUCAUGGAGCCGAGUCUGGAGAACAAGGAGGCGCUGGUCCCCACCCAGUCGGACACAAACUCCUCCCAGUACACAGAGACAGAGGACUACAGUAUGGAGGUGCUCCAUGUCUGACCGCUCAGACGACGCCAUUGGUUGUCCCUCGAAUGACACACACACACAAACAUGCCCACGUGACGGUGGAAGGACCUGAUCCCAGACUGACCCGCUGUCGUCUUCUGGUCAUCUUAUGUUUCUGUAGAGACAGACAGACAGACUGUGACUGUCCUCCUUUAUCCUCACCCCUCCAUCCUCCUGCACCCUUACUCCACACUCAUUUCCCAGGACUGGACUGUUUUUAAUCAGUCCUGUAAAUGUCUGGAGAGGCCUGGAGCGUACCAAUCUACACACACACACACACGCACGCACGCACAUACACACACACAUUCUUGUAUGUACCUCUGGAGGAGCAGGACUGAGACAGAUGGACUCACAAACGGCUCCGGAGGUUUACACAUCUCUGACCCGUGGUUUCUUCGCUCGUGGGUUUGUUAGAUUUGUUCGUUUUCUCCUCCUGUCUGUGAUUCUACUCGGGCUCACCCUCUGUGGAUCAGGAUGUAGCGCCACGCAUCGGAUCUCUGGAACAUUCCAGCCACUGCCGUCCCUGUCGCCGUGGUCUGUCAAGCUCACUCUGGUCCGACCAGCGUCUUGACCUGGACACACAUUGCAGCACUUUUCUUUUUUCUUUUUUUUUUGUUUCCCUUUCUUUAGUUCCUCUUUAUUUGUUUUUCUUUCAUUUUCAAGUCUUAUACGUGGGGGAGAACAUACUCAGACAACCUUGAAAAUGUUUCCUGUGUUAUUUGACGUUGCAUUUCUUUAUACGCACAUACACGUAUAUAUAUAUUAAAGCUCCUGUGGAUGAUAAAAAGGAAUUGGGGUUGAAAAAUGGAACCAAGCUGAAAGAAUCAUGUGAGUGUUUUAGUCGAACCUGAAAAACGGGUUUUCAUUAUGACACGUCAGGCUCAGAGCUCUAAAGGAGAUUAUGGAAAAAUCCAGCCACAUGACUUCUCUGACCCAACAGCAACUUUGUGAAGGCUUUGAGAAUGUAAACUUUUUAAAUAAUGGUUAAAAUAUAAUAUAAAACAUUUCAAAAAACAAUUUUUUUACCGGCCACAGGAAAUUGUGGGAUAAUUCCCACAUCCCUCACAAUAUAAUGUCCCUGUGGGCAAAACCAACGUCGCUCAUUUUAGUUUUUUUUAUCAUGUGAAUGAGACCGUAUUUACCUUGUGAUAUUCCAUGUGCAGAUUUUGAAAUGUUUGUUUAGUCAUGGGAUUUGCUUUGAGAAAUUUGCAGCUGCCUGUUUUCAGUCUGUUUCGCUUAAAUUUUAAAUACUUAUGACUGCUCUAAAUGAGCUGUUUGCUCUGCAGAUCUGGACACACACACACACACACACACACACACACACACACA